UUAUCAGUUCAUUUGCUAUAUAAACUUCGAAAAUUUUUUUUUAUUGAAUAAACCAUUGAAUAAACCAUUAAAAAAAGCUUCUCGUGACUUGGUGGAUUUCUAAAAAUAAAUCAUGAAGAUUUUCGCUGUCUUGGCUUUAUUCUCCUGUCUCGUUGCUAUGGUAAUUGGAGCCCAAACUGCAUGCCAAAUGCAAAGACAACAAGAACAGGCUAAAAACGCUAUUGGCAACUUCAUUCCGAAAUGUGAUGCAGAUGGUAGCUACAGCCAAGUACAGUGCCACGGAUCAACUGGAUACUGCUGGUGCGCUGAUAAGGAUGGAAACCAAAUCACCGAAUCAGUCAGAGGACGUCCAACCUGUUAGAAUGUGUUAAAAUAAGCAGUUUCAUUUCAUUAAAGAAUUAAUAAAAGAUUCAAAAUGGUGAA